AAACGUCACGCUGACAAGAGUACAAAGUUAGAAAAAGUUAGAAACAUAAGCAGAGCACGGGGAACGCAUUCGUUUUCCCAGUUGUGUUGUAAGCUUCAAAAUAAUUUGGCAGCUGGAUUGACCGUAAAUUAGUAACUUACCCAGGCAAGGCACGCGAUUAAAUUCCAAAAUGAGCGACGAUUACUUAAGGAAACCAUUUUCACUAGCGCCCGCACCAGCCGUCGAUGAUCCACAAUCUUCAGCAUCAGCAAACUACACACCAGCCACAAGCACAUUCAGCAGUGCUCCAGUCUCGCCGUACCUCAACUAUGAUUCACGAUUCUUGCGGCAAGCGCAGCCCGAGUUCAUAUUCCCCGAGGGAGCUAACAAGCAGCGAGGCCGUUUUGAGUUGGCCUUCUCUCAGAUAGGCACAUCUGUAAUGAUUGGCGGUGGCAUUGGUGGACUGGCGGGCGUCUACAAUGGCUUUAAAGUUACAAACGCGCUAAAUCAGACGGGGAAGCUGCGACGCACGCAGUUGAUCAAUCACGUUAUGAAACAGGGUUCAGGUACGGCAAAUACCUUGGGAACGUUAGCUGUGCUUUACUCGGCGUGUGGAGUGUUGCUGCAGUAUGUGCGUGAUCAGGAUGACAACAUAAAUACUGUAAUAGCUGGUACUGCUACUGGACUGUUAUACAAAUCAACAGCUGGCCUGCGAAAGUGUGCCCUGGGCGGCGCUAUUGGUUUGGGCAUCUCUUCGCUCUAUUGCUUAUAUCUGCUGUCACAAGAGAGCAACAACAACACAAACUCAAGUCCUAAAUUCCUGUAGGUGGGUGAGACGACGGCCUAGCUUUUUAUAUACGAUUGAACAGCUGUAGUAACUGCCGCCAAUCGCUGCGAUCAAUGCCCAAUGGCUGACGGCGGACUUCCACUACAUACCCUAAUGCAAUGUGUGUGUGUGUGUAGUUGUCGUUUCGAUGCGCUUUACCGUCAAAUAUAUAGUUUUGUUUUAUAUUAUAAAUACAUAUAUAUUUAGAAUUAUCUGGACACUA